UGACGUCACUUCCCAGUUAAACGUGGCUGCCUUGCGAGUGAAGGAAGGAGUGGCUUUGCGAUCUGUCAAGUUAAAUGAUUUCUCGUGAAAAUUAGUGACUCGUUGCAUUAAUUAAGUUAAUCUCGUGUGUUUAGUACUUAUAAUUCAUUGUUCAAUAGUUCUUAUAUACAAGGAAAAUGUCGUCUUCGGGUGAUUUUGGAAACCCGUUGCGUAAAUUUAAGCUUGUCUUUCUCGGUGAACAAAGCGUUGGAAAAACUUCUCUUAUCACACGGUUUAUGUAUGACAGCUUUGACAACACGUAUCAGGCUACAAUAGGUAUAGAUUUUUUAAGCAAAACUAUGUAUCUGGAGGAUAGGACUGUAAGAUUACAACUAUGGGAUACUGCAGGCCAAGAACGAUUUAGAUCUUUGAUACCUAGUUAUAUCAGAGAUUCUACUGUUGCAGUAGUGGUAUAUGAUAUUACUAAUGCAAACUCAUUUCAUCAAACAUCAAAAUGGAUUGAUGAUGUACGGACUGAAAGAGGAAGUGAUGUAAUUAUUAUGUUAGUGGGUAAUAAAACUGAUUUGGGUGAUAAAAGACAAGUAUCAAUGGAAGAAGGUGAACGAAAAGCUAAAGAGUUAAAUGUGAUGUUUAUUGAAACUAGUGCUAAAGCUGGAUAUAAUGUGAAACAGCUCUUUAGAAGAGUAGCAGCAGCUUUACCAGGCAUGGAUUCCACUGAAAAUAAACCACCCGAAGAUACUGUCGAUUUGCAGAAUCAAUCACCGAUGCAGAACGGCUCCGAAUCGGAGGGAGAAAGCGGCUGCAUUUGCUAGGGAGGUGGUUUAUCAGUGCAGCUAAUAAUGCUAACUCCUUGAGACAUUCUGAUACGAACCAAAAAUCAUCACGUACUAUUAACAAGAUGCUGGCUUCUUCUGAUGUCUACAUCGUGGCCCAUAAGUUAACGCGCGACGAAGGCACAAAACGUUUCAUUGACACCAUUCUUACUACUGACUACUUCUAUCCCAAUCAGUCUCAUUUAAGUCGUUUAACUGUAGCGUGAAUAACUGACUGUUUUGCUAUGAUUCAUGUUACUUCGACAAAUAGCUUCGUAUGGUUGUAGUGCGCGUUGUUAUGUUGUUAUAUUCGCCAGAUACUCUUCGACGAGAACUAGCGAUCUUCUUUACACUUUACGGUAUGAACCGCAAAUUGACGUCGUUCAAAAAGAAAAACCAAGAAUUUCACCGAUCUGAAUGACAUCGAUGUAUCGGCUACAUCACGAUGAUAGGGUGGCUCUUCCAUGCUUAUUUCAACAUCUUUGAACGCGUCGUUAGGCGAUCGAAGCAAUAUGCAAACAGCUUUUCUGUGAGAUUGUACAUAUCACGAUUUUUGAUGUUGCGAAUUCUUCAAGGAGAGAGAGUACGUCGAUUUCGUUAUUUUUACUUUUCCAUAAAAUUUCGUCGAACUUAUUUAAAUCCAACGCUACUCGGACAGAAGUCGAGAUACCACCGAUUUCUUUCGAACAACGUUCUUUGCUCAUCCUAUCAUCGUUUCCUUUGAUCGCGAUAUUCGAGGUAAAAAUCUAACUCAACACGCACAAGACACUGAGAAGCUUAGACGAGAGUCUUCUAGAUACACGAGAUAUUCUAGAUCUUAAUGAAAACGACUGAAAGUAAAAUGUUUUAUUAGCCCACCAGGUAGUCGAGGAAAUCGAACAAUCGAGCGGUCUAUUUCUGGAUCAAUUGCGAAAAUUAUUAUUCACACUUAGAACAUGUUAUUGGCGUGUCUGUUCGACGGCAGAUUGUUCAAGGUUUAUAAUGUAAUCAUAAUUAACAAUCUUUAUAGACGUUUUUCAAUAUUUCUUGAUAAAUAAGCGAGCGACUCGAUAUGCGAUCCGUUCAUAAAUUGAGAAAGAAGACGCAUGUUGAAGAGAAUAAUUUGAGAGAGAAGAAGAAGAAAUGCUACUCAAAGAGAAGAGAAAGAAAAAAAUACUCAAUCAUUGACUUCUCAUUUUAUAUACAACUGUCCAAUUUCUGAUUUAUAUAAAGUCACAGAUGUUACACGAUCAUUCACUGGCGUGUGAUCUUUUGAACGAAUAAUUACUCCAGCGAACGCUUAAUCAUAGCUAAAAGAGAAAGGAUUCAAUAAAAAAAUAUUAAAGUUGCGUCUUCUUUCUGCCAUAAGAUACACACAAACACACACGCACGAGCAUGUGCAUACAUGAAUGCGGACGCAGGAAUUAGUAUGAGAAAAAAAUGUGUGCAUUAAUUCAUAAAUCUAUCUCAUACGUUACGACGUGGGGACAAAAUAAUAUAUCGAGCGACGAAAUAAUAUUAUAUUGCUCGUGUUUCAUCGAGGAGACUGAACGCUUCUAAGUACGCCACUGUUUAAUCAGAAUCGAACAAAACAAAACGAAAUAUAGUCGAGCUAUAAUAGUGUACUGUGCCAGGUACAACAUGAAGCGCUUUGGAGGGAAAAUGCAUAGCGAGAGCUUCGUUAAUGAAGAGGCUGGGCUCGGAAUGUUUUGGGGUAAAAUUAGCUUGAGCGCGACAUUCACUGUUCCGUCAGCGAUAAUCGAGAGUGCCAUGAGAGAAGUGGGCCAAUUUUCAAUCUGCUAAUUAGAAUUUAGAAAGAAAAAAAGAAGACGAAGGAAAAAUGAUAGAAACUUCCGUGGAAAAAACGCGAGAAUGAGAAAAUUCCGUUUGUCACAUGGUUGAAGCCGAGAGCGAGCGUGAUUUUCCUUGGCGUCGUCGUUGUACAUUGAUGUGAUAAGGCUUUUAUCUGGAGAAAACGAUGAGAAAAGAGAACGAAAUGAACGUGAAACAGCAAAUUAAGUGAUACGUUGUAAUUCAUUAAUCUGCCGUGCUUAACGCGAACUCUACGUGCACUAGCACCGUUUCUUCUGAACGUUAAACUGUCUCUCUAGCGCAGUCCCUUAUGUAAUAACGUGUCGUGUAGCGUUGAUUCGCACCGUCGUGUACUGCAGCGUUGUACUGUGAACACCCGGAAGUUCUCUGGUACGAAUCCCAAAGGAACUUUACUUUUUCGAGAUAUCGAAGAUAUGUACUACUAUGUUACGUUCGAUACUAUUUAUUCGAGGAAAAUAUAGUCGCUGAAGAAUAUGUUGUGCCAGCUGUGGACUAGAAACAAUUUAAAAAGCGCCUAAAGAUAUUUGGAUAAAGGUUUGGAGAAAGGAUUUGUACCAUACGGCUUCUCGGUGCACGCAGACCGUAUAUAUUUUUUCUUCAUUCGAUCUCGUGUUUCGCGGAGAAGACACUCGGCUGCGGACUCCUCGACCGGAAAAAUACGGUUGUAGUUCGACGUAGGAUAGAUUCACUUAGACAUUUCCGUAAGGAGGGAAUAACUUUGCUAUACUCGUUUUAAUCUUUAUCGCCUAGCUCGCGAUGCUCAUGCCUAAAGAGAAUGAGGACGCAUUAACGCUCGUUCGAGAGGGAACACUUCCGGUAUAAUUGAAGGAAGUCCUCUCGAUCUCUACGCGGCUGCAACGAUUGUCUCCUCCACGCCGGCGAAGCGAAUGAAUCUAAAAAUAUGCCGAUCUAGUCGGAACGAUCGAUCAUCGAGAACGACGGGAUCGAUGGUCGUUCAAUGAUUUACAGUGCUUGAUUUUUUUUGGGGGGUGAGGGUGAAAGGGAGAUCGAUGUCUUUUCGGUUGCGCUGAUUACCCUUUCGCUACGAUAGAGUAUUUCCAGUUAAAUCGAAAAUACUACUAGAAAUUUCGUCAAAGCGUUACAUUAUUGUAUCAAAUCGUUGAAUCAUCUCGCGAUUAAUUUUAAUUGGUGAUUACGAAACUAUCUAAUUCUUCUAACUAAAUUGAGAAAAGUAUCCGGAUUUUAUAAGAUUUUACAUUUUCUUUGAUUAAUAUAGCUCUGAAGAAUCGUAUGUAGUUCAUUCGUAUGAACAAAUAUACUCAAUUCUUUAUGCGGAUAGAAUUUCGUUGUAUCAUCUAAGUAAUUAAUAUAAGAAAAGGAACAUUCGCUUUUCUGAGACAAAAAACUUUGAUCUUCGUAGCGAAAGGAUUGACCGAUGUUUGAUAAUAUAGUAGAUAAUGAUUUGUAGCGUUUCGAAGGACUCUUGUGAAGGCAAGGAUGUAAUUUGCAAGGCAGCCGCGUUCUGUGGUAAUGUUAUUGUAGCCGAUGUUUCUUAGUUAAAUAGAGGUAUUCGCUGUAUCGUCUUUUUGCAAUUAAAUUGUCAAACUUAACGUAGUAGUAGGGUGCGAUAUUCAUUAAUUGUAAAGUUAACCCUUCCAGUCUUCGAGGCUGCAGGAUUCUUCUGGCCGAACUUUUUUUCUAACAGAUCCAAUAUUACGAACUCAUAGUAUAGUGUUCGAUAGUGUAGCAAAAGAAGUGAAAUUUAUGGAAAUAAUCUUUAUACAGGUUCGAUUUUAUAUUUCUACGUGACAAUUUGAUACCUAGUAGAACGUUGUCUUGUUUCCCGAUGUCUGAUUCCAAACGAAAAUCUGAGGCUCGAAGGGUUAAACGUGUCUGAAGGCUUUAAGUUUCUUCAAUAUAUUUAACAUAAAAUAGAAACUAAUGUACGCUUUUGUUUAACGUGAUAAAACGAGAUCUUGCAGAAAUAUAAUUGAAAA